GAAAUGGGUCUAAUCUUGCUCUGUAGCUGUCCUCGUUUACCCACCACAACGCCCUUCGGCGGGUGCAUGGUGGUACUCGACUGCUGCUUUAAACAGCAGCACUGACAUGGAAACCCCAUUGCAGUUGAAGAACGAUUUCUUUCAAGAGCAGCAGUUCCAGCAUCACUGUAAGUACCAGCACUACUGCGGACCAGAGGAACGCUCCACUAAGCAGCGCAACCAAUGCUGCACCUGCAAGAACUGUACCUGUGGUGCAAGAAAAAGCCUAGUUUUUCGCGGGACGUCGGCGACCACUCAAGGAACUUUAAGGACGCCAUCCGUAACGUCUUCGAGACAAGGUUGUCAAUUUAGCGUCUGUGAGUUUAAGCCCUCCAGUCAUGGUAGUUCACCCAGACAUCACCACCAUCAGCACUGCCACAAUCGGCCGCGGGGCAGCCCGAGCAGCAGCCACAAAGAGAGUAACUCGUAUAACGAAAUAGCCAUGAGCAGCUGCAGAUACAACGGCGGCGUAAUGCGGCCGCUGAGCAACUUGAGCUCGUCCCGCAGAAACCUACACGAGUUUGAUUCAGAGUCCCAGCCUUUACAACCAAUUUCCACCGCAGAUGCAUCGGACACCCUAGCCUCUAAACCGGAGAACAAUUCGACCACCCUGAUGCCUUACGCAUCGGGAGACGGAGGGGGUGGAUGUAACAACAGUGGCAGUAAAUCGGGUAAAAAGAAGAACCAGAACAUUGGGCAAAAGCUUGGACAUAGAAGGGCCUUGUUUGAGAAAAGGAAGCGCCUCAGCGACUAUGCUUUGAUCUUUGGGAUGUUUGGGAUCGUUGUUAUGGUUAUAGAGACUGAACUCUCAUGGGGAGCAUAUGGAAAGGAAUCCUUGUAUUCAUUAGCUCUAAAAUGCCUGAUAAGCCUUUCUACAAUCAUUCUUCUUGGUCUGGUUAUCAUAUACCACGCAAGGGAGAUUCAGUUAUUCAUGGUGGACAAUGCAGCAGAUGACUGGAGGAUAGCCAUGACCUACGAGCGCAUCUUCUUCAUCUGCCUGGAGAUCCUGGUGUGCGCCAUCCACCCCAUCCCAGGGAACUACACCUUCACCUGGACAGCGCGCCUGGCCUUCUCCUACACCCCGUCCAAGACGGACGCAGACGUGGACAUCAUCCUGUCCAUCCCCAUGUUCUUGCGGCUGUAUCUCAUCGCCCGCGUCAUGCUGCUCCACAGCAAGCUCUUCACAGACGCCUCGUCCCGCAGCAUCGGGGCGCUCAACAAGAUCAACUUCAACACACGCUUCGUCAUGAAGACCCUGAUGACCAUCUGCCCUGGCACCGUGUUGCUGGUCUUUACCAUCUCGUUGUGGAUCAUCGCUGCGUGGACCGUGAGGGCCUGCGAGAGAUACCAUGACAACAUGGACAUAACCAGCAACUUUCUAGGAGCCAUGUGGUUGAUAUCAAUCACUUUUCUAACCAUUGGAUAUGGGGAUAUGGUACCCAACACUUACUGUGGAAAAGGAGUCUGUCUCCUCACUGGUAUUAUGGGAGCCGGCUGCACAGCCUUGGUAGUGGCUGUGGUUGCAAAGAAACUGGAGUUAACCAAAGCUGAAAAACAUGUUCAUAAUUUUAUGAUGGACACCCAGCUGACAAAAAGAGUGAAAAACACAGCUGCAAAUGUACUGAGGGAGACCUGGCUCAUCUACAAGAACACCAAACUUGUGAGGAAGAUGGACCAUGCCAGAGUCAGGAAGCACCAGAGGAAAUUCCUCCAAGCCAUUCAUCAAGCUCGAAAAUUGAGAAGUGUUAAAAUGGAGCAACGCAAGCUGAAUGACCAAGCAAACUCACUAGUGGACCUUGCAAAGACUCAGAACAUCAUGUAUGACCUGAUCUCAGACCUGAACGAGAGAGGGGAGGACAUGGAGAAGAGGAUCGCCCUGCUGGAGACCAAGCUGGAGACUUUGCUGGGGAACCUGCAAGCCCUGCCAGGACUCAUCAGCCAGGUCAUCGGCCAGCAGCACAGGGACUUCUUGGAGGUGCAGCUCCAGCCGUACAACAAACACAGCCCUGAGCGAUCGCAGUCUGUGUCCAGACGGAGGUCAUCCUCCACUGCACCACCCACCUCCUCCGAGAGCAGCUAGAGUCCAAGGGGAACACCUACAGAGAAGACUUUUGCCAUCAUAUGGCCAAGUUGCAUUUAUUGUAAAGCCUUAUGGUUUCAAUAAGUAUUAUCCAAAUUCUGAUGACAGAAUCCGAGCUACUGGGACAAUGGAUUUUAAAAGGGAUGCUGUUUAUUUUUAUUACCUCAAAAGAUGUUAUCCUUGCUCUGGUGACAUGACCAUAGAAAAUGAUGCUUUCCUCAGUAAAAACUAUUAGGCCUAUCGAUGGGGGGCUGUGAUCAGAACUAUACUCCAUCUCUAUGCAGAGGUAGCCAGUUUUAGGACAGUAAGGUUACCGGCCGGGUGUGAAGAUAAUGCACUAAAAUAGUGCUUCUUCUCACGGACUUUGUGCUUUUGCUGGCUUGAUUCAGUUACCGUGUUCCUUAAAGCAAGCUGAGAAAUCACGGGACCUAUCAAUCAGCAAGCAUUACAGUAAUACUUUUUAUUGAGGAAAAAGUGCUAUUUCAUGGACAUGACUGAAACGAAGACAGAGGGCAGCACAAGAAUGCACCCACAUACUGUCACUCAGAGGUACCAUAUAGAGCUUGAAAUAUAUAUUUUAGGUUAGAAACAGCAUCAAACUAGGGAGUUUUUUCUUUUGCAGAAUGCCCCUGUAGAAUGACUAUUUUUUGGGCCACACUGCAAACAAUUGAAUCCUCUUAUCAAAAUGAAUGCAUCUAAAUCUGUACUUGCACUUACUUUUUAAUCAUUGCACUUCAAUGCUGACUGACGUAUGAUAUAAAUCUGUGUUGCUCAUUAAAAUAAGAAAAAUGUAGAUGUUUGGGCAUGGACUUAUGGUCAAUUGUCAAUUAAUUAAUUCAUUUGUAUUAUUAGUGAAGAGGACUCAAGUCAAAGCCCUCAUGCUAUGUACCACAAAGGGACCUCAAUUUAAAACUGAUAGGCUACUGAAAUGAAUACUUUCAAUGAUCACAAACACAGUUUGCUCUUUCCUCAACAUAUCUCAACCCUUGUCCUGGAAGCACUUAGUAUGUAUGCUGGUUUUUGCCUCAAACUGAGCAACAAUAGUUGGAUGCAAUGCAAACCAAUAACUCUGUAGCCACUUUUGAAAGUAAAUUCAUAUUUUUGUACUUUCAUGAGGAUAAGCACACCUCCGCACACCUCUUACAGCAUACGUUCUUCAACACAAAUAAUGACGGAGAGAUAUGAACAGAAUACAUGAUGUAAAACAUUAAUUGGUUGAGGUGAAAUGCAGCAUAUUCAACAUAUCUUCCAUUAAACCAUCCAGGACCAAGGUUAAGAUACCUGGGAAUACACAUUGUUAAUUCAAAAGGAAUGUAUAAAAGAUGGUAUAGCAAUUUACUGUAUUAGAGGGCUGGGCCUGGUCACUAAAAUGUCAAAACCUAACUGCAAAAAAAAAAACCUCUCUCUGACACAUAUAAUUGUGGGGGGAAUAUUGUAGGUGCUCAAGAUUAUAGAAUUAGAUUUCAACAAAGCUUUGUCCCUUUGUUUAAAACAGCAAUAGCUUGGCCACUAGCCAGUCAUAAAGGUAAACUUCCACCAGUUAUACACAUUUUGGCAAUAUGCACCCUCCCUCUGCAAGGUUUUCAGAAGUUAGAUGAGUGUGCCAGGAUCAUCCGGUGGGCAUUUAUCUAGUCAACUUCCUGCAAUGACAUUGUCCAACCAACCAAAAGCUCAAUCCCAUCUACAGUGUUGAAUGUACUGUUGCUGGUUUUAGAGCUUUCAAACAUUGGCAGUCAAUCCAGAAAUUUUAGCAACAUAGAAACUUUUGAGAUAUUAUGUACUGUAUGCAAACAAAAUAUGAAACAAUAAAAAAAAAAAAAGCAUAUUUACCAGAUGUGUGUGCAUUACUAAUACUAAACCAUUUGACUGGGGUGAGAGAGAGACCUGUUGCAAAACCAUUGUAAAUAAAAACCUAUAUUUAUGUUUAUUUAUUUUCCCUUUUGUACAUGAACUAUUUGCACAUCAUUACAACACUGUAUAUAAACAGAUGACAGUUGAAAUGUCUUUAUUAUUUUGGAACUUUUGUAAGUAAUGUUUACUGUACAUUUUGUAUUGUUUAUGAUCUAUUUCACUUACUUUGGCAAUGUAAACAUAUGUUUCCCAUGCCAAUAAAGCCCCUUGAAUUGAAAUUGAA